AUGAAUGAAGAAAGUGAUAAUUAUUUGCGCACAGACAGACAAAAGGGAUUUGCUUUUAGGGUUUUGUGCACUUGGGUUCGGUUUAAACUGCUAUCACAAUCCACAACGGUGUUUUAUCAAUCCAGGAAGUCAGCAACUUGGGGUUUCUGUAUCAUUAACAGUUCCUCUAGGUUUCUUCAUUGCUGGUCAGAUUUAUGGCAAUCAGUAUUUUCUAAUAAAACUCGGAUCGUUGGGUGCAAAAUCGGCAAGUACAAGGUAAUUAAAGAGCUCGGGGAGGGUACCUCUGGCAGUGUCCGGCAAGCGAUUAAUCGAGAGUCCGGUGAAAUAGUUGCCAUUAAACAGAUCAAGAGAAAGUACGACUCAUGGGAAAAAUGUCUGAAUUCGAGAGAAGUCAAGUGCUUAAAGAAGUUGAAUCAUCCUAACACUAUGAAGCUUAAGGAAAACAAAAACAACAUCUUGUAUUUGAUUUUCGAGUGCAUGGAAAAGAACCUUUAUCAAGUCAUUGAAGACAGGAAAACCCGGUUCACAGGAGCAGAAAUCAGGAACUUGUGUCGCCAGGUGUUUCAGGGUCUUGAUUACAUGCACAAGCAAGGUUAUUUUCACCGUGACCUGAAGCCAGAGAACUUCUUGGUUACCAGAGACGCUGUCAAGAUUGCCGACUUUGGUCUUGCAAGAGAAAUCAAUUCAAAACCUCCAUAUACACAAUAUGUCUGCUCUCGCUGGUAUCGAGCGCCUGAAAAUAUCCUGCACUCGUAUUCUUAUAGUUCUAAAGUUGAUAUGUGGGCUAUGGGUGCUAUCAUGGCUGAGUUAUUCAAUCUAUGUCCACUCUUUCCUGGUACCAGUGGAGCAAACCAGAUGUACAGAAUAUGCAGUGUACGAGGCACUCCAAAUAUGGAUUCAUGGGCUGAAGGAAAUCAUCUCGCGAGGACUAUUAAGUACAAAUUUCCAAAGUUUGAUGGUGCCCGGCUUUCUGCAGUGAUACCUUCUGCUAGUAAGGAUGCUAUCAACCUUAUUUCAAUGCUUAUUUCUUGGAAUCCUUGCGAUCGGCCCACCGCUGAGGAGGCCUUGAAACAUCCUUUCUUCAGGAGUUGCUUUUAUAUUCCUUUCCUUCGCUUCAGGACCACUGCUAAUAGAGCUAUUUUAUCAGCUAGAACAAGUGGAGAAUCAGAGCAGAAAUGUGACGGGAGAUAUCAUGGGGCUUUGUCUAAUUCAAGUCUUGAUUACAGUUUUCCUUUCCCCAACAUGUCACACGCUUGUUCGAGGACUAUUGUACAUUGCAACUUCAACAGGGCUAACAACCGGGAUGUUUCAAGUCCUGCCAAGCAAUUCAGAUUUGAGCCACAAUCUAUUAACAUGGGCAGAACUGCUGUGCGUUGAGUUCCAGAUACAGCUGGCAUAUUGGCAAACAUGACAAUUGGUUCACGCAGGCAAUUUGCGGAACAGCCAAGGUUACUUCCUUUGAAGGCUGGAGUGCAAGGACUCCAGUCUGCUGACAUGUUUAUCUGACCAACUCAACGAUUUCAUCAUGGCAGAGUCUACACAAGGAAAGUUGCAGUCUGAAUGAAAACAUAAGCUAGAAGAUACUAUCAUUAUGAGGUGUUUGCAAGAACACCUUUUGUUUAAUUGUCUUUUUGAAGAAUCAUGUGUUGAAGUUGGUUAUUAUCUCACGAUAGAAGAAACAAAUACAGUAUAGACA